AUGAAGUUACAGAUCAAAAAUAUCGCAGCUCUGGACUUGGGCAACGCGAUCUCCCAAGGCUGGGUCAAUCGCGUGGAAUCUCUGCUAGCUUCGGGCGUCGAUCCUAAUGCACUAUUCCAUGGGAAGGAGGCUGCUCUCUCUGCUCUGCCAGACGAUGCAACCCUUGAAGAAAACGCUACGCAGCCGCCGCAAUUCUACUCUGAGCCCACUGAAUGGCCUGCCCUUCGGCAAGCCGUUCGUGACUAUUUCGGCGGCUCCCAAGAGAUGGGCGAUUUGGCCAGAACGAAGGUCCUCAUGACAACUUUACUCAAGCAUGGCGCUGAUCCUUACGGGCUAUUUCGCCUGCCCAUCUUUCACUAUCAGUCCGUUCCUGUGUUUCCGGGGGACGAAACGCAUCCGGAAUAUGUUGCCGAUGAAGAAGACCUCCACGCUACGACACACGCUCGGAUAGGUAUCUUCAUGGAGACACUUGAGCCGGAGUACGAGCGACUUGGGCUACUAGGGGCGGCUCAAGAGACCGACCUGUGGCAUUCUUACAAUUUCGAUGACUCUUAUAACGAUAGUACCUUCUAUGAGCCUCGCACCCCACGCAAGUAUGGGACUUGCAGCCUAUUGCACUGUCUCCUUGAAGAUGGCGGGUUUUGCCUGCCAAUUUUCGAAUAUCUCGGUGACGACCUCGAUGUGGAGGGACGGGAUCCCCAGGGUCGGACUUUAUUUCUCGCGGCCUGUCGAAGUACGCUUGGCUUGGACGCUGCUGUGGACGGGGCGUAUGUCAACGUUUUGUCGUCGCCGGGCUUGCCGAACCCGUACCCGCAGCCAGAUAACCCUUGGUAA